AUGGCCACACGCUGGCCCCUGGCGGGGCCACUGCUCGUCCUGGUGCUGGCAAAUCUCGUUCCUGUGCUGGGUCAGACUUUUGAUCAAGCCAUUAUUUCGGCUUCUCCUCAGUUUCCAAAUCACUCUCGAAUUUUGGGAGCUCUUCUGCAGCAGGCUGAUUUGUUUGCCCAGCUGACCAACCUGACUGUUUUCAUGCCCACGGACGCAAUCUAUGAGAGCUUGCUCAACCUCGAUUAUUCCGAGCUGGAAGUUCUCCAGGCCCACGUGGUGCCCAAUCGCACCAUCACUGGCCUGCAGAUUCGCAAAGAAGUCACUUUCCAAACUCUCAAUAACAACGUCUUUAACACGACACCCACCGACAACUGCACCGCCCUCAUCAGUGGCACCAACUUGACCAUCGAACUACACGGCAAGGGACAACGUCACGGCCCGGUCUACUUUUGGGCCCUAUUGGAGCGCACCGCGCUCCUGAACCUGCCGCUCCACAACUACCUCCUCAUCUACGUCCACGUCCACGUCUACGUCAUCCUCCACCUCCACCUCCACUUCAACCUCCACUUCAACCUCCACUUCAACCUCCACUUCAACCUCCACUUCAACCUCCACUUCAACCUCAACAUUCACCUCGACCUCCACUUCAACCUCUACCUCUACCUCUACCUCUACCUCAACAUUCACCUCGACUUCGACCUCCAGCACUUUGGACUCUGGUAUCGCACAUCGACCAUAACCACAACCACAACCACAACGACCACUACGCGGCCCCCAAGCACCACUUCAUCGGUUUUGAGGAAUACAAUACGGACAACUCGGCGUCCCCUCACGACCACCACUCAGCAACCUACCACUCAGCGCCCUACCACGACCACCACUACUACGCAGCGCCUUACGACCACCUUGCAACGGCAAUUCACAACCUUGGCUCCAACCACGGCAAGGGCCCAGACAACCCGAGCAUUUAGCACAACCCUACGGCGUGAUACAUCGCGUGCCCCAGCCACCACAACCCCACGCCGCUUUGAGACCACCCGACCGAGGGGUAACGGAGAUGGCGGCGGGAAUCAGAAUGACGAUUAUGAAGAUGAUGAUGAGAACGGCAACGGCAACGGCAAUGGCAAUGGUGUGAGCACAACGGGUCCCACACUGACAACCAUUGUUGGCAACACUGCCAACGUGGAAACUGCCGCGUUUGCCAGUGCCAUGGGAGAUGACGAUGGCUUGGCUAUUUGGUUUGCUUGGCGCUCCGGACUUGCUGUGCUGGGCGGCGUGGCGGAUUCAUCGGCGAGUAUGAGCGUUGCCUCGAGCGUCUCAAGCUUGUCCAGUAUGGACGAAUUUGAACUGGACGAUGUUCCGAUGGCUUACGACCACGCACCGGGCUUGUCCAACCCCGCCUGGUCGAACGUGGGUGUGCGCGACAGUCGCCAAUUCUCAGCACCUGUGCUUCCCACAACCAUGGCUAUGGGGCCCUAUCGCUCUGCGGGUGCACUCGAGACUUCUCCGCGCAGUCCUCCUCAGAUGGAGGCCGGUGCUCUCACUGGCAUGACGGUGAACCGAGGAUUCUCCUCAAACGCUCUGUAUGGCGUGCAUCGUGCACCGCCUCGUCGCUCAAGUGCGGCUGCACCCCCUCUGGUCGUGCCUGCUGGUGCACCCGUCUACGACCAGCGCACCAUGCCCGCAUAUGACGCAGCGCACCAGGCCCCGACCCCGAUGCCGCUCGUGGGCACAAGCACGCCGGCCGUUCGUUCACCCGGCGUCCAGGUCCUGACACCCGCACCAGGUCGGCCGCGACCUUCUCAAGCACCACUCUACUCACGGCCGCUGGUUUAUGAGAAAGCCGUGACGCCACCGUGGCACAGGGCCGAUUUCCCCGCCAAUUUUCAAGGCGGUGCACGUCGUGAGAAUACAUACGAGCGACCUGUGGUCAGGGCGGGACGCCCCUCUUACUUUCGAGAAACCACAUACGCCGUUCCACCAGGCACGCGUCAAGGGCAAAUACUGGAUGCGCGGCGGCGUCCCAGCGAACAUGUUUAUGACACGGCCCAUAUGCGUUCGAACAUGCGUCGCUCGAGCAGCACCAUGCCCCUGUCGCUUGACGAACCGCGCAGUGCCCGCGAGAGUCUGGUCGGGCGAACUUAUUUGUAA